CUUAAAAACACACCAACUCAUCCACAGUGGAGUUAAAGCAUACAGCUGUGAUCAGUGUGGUAAAUCUUUUGCUCUCAGUUGCACCUUAAAACGUCAUCAAGUUACCCACUCUGGAAUUAAAGCGUACAGCUGUGACAUUUGUGGAGAAACUUUCAGUCGGCUAGGGAGCCGAAAUAUUCACCAACGGAUUCACACUGGACAUGAGGUUUGCUGCUGUGUUCAGUGUGGAAAACUGUUUACAACAGAUGCACAGUUACAACGCCACAUGUUUACCCACAAUGACGAGAGAUUUUAUAAAUGUGACCUGUGUGAUAAGACUUUUAAAGCCCCACGUCACCUGGAAAAACACCAAGAGAUCCACACCAGAAAGAAACUCUACAAGUGCAGUUACUGUGAGAAGCAGAGCGACACAGAUGGAUCCAGUUCUCAACCCUGUCGUCACUGUGGUGGUGGGAAAGAGUUUUGCUGUGACCUUUGUGGAAAAACUUACAGUCAUCCAAAGAGCCUGAAAAUACAUCAACGUAGACACACUGAAGACAAAAUGAACUACUGCAAAGAAUGUGGGAGCGGCUUCCCCACACUGAGUCAUUUAAAAAUACAUGAACUUAUUCACAGUAGGGUUAAAAAGCAUGUCUGUGACCAGUGUGGGUCAUCCUUCACCACUGCAGGUGAGCUUAAAAGACACAAACGAGUCCACACAGGAGAGAAACCAUACAAGUGCAGACACUGUGACAAAAGUUUCUCAGGUCCAGCUAAUCGGAAGGUUCAUGAAGAUACACAUGUUGAAGGGAACUUCAGCUGUGACCAGUGUGACAAAAGGUUUGGUAAUCUCCGUUCAUAUUCCAAACACAAACGAUCCCACGCUGUAAAUAAACUGUUUCACUGUUACCAAUGUGCAAAAACAUUCACUUCAUUAUCUGCUCUGUGCAAACAUCAGCGUGAUCAUGAAAUCACUCCCAUCACUGGAUCACAAUGAAUCUCAAGAGACAGAAAGAUCCUCUUCUGGUUUCAGGGUCAGAGGUCAGGCUCCAAGUUUGAAACUGUUGUGGACGUGAGCUGUAUUUCUGUGAAAUACCAAUUUGAACCACAAGGUGGAGCAGCAAGUCCAUCUAAGCUUCAUUUGAUCAGGCAAAGAACAUAUUUAUACUUACAGAGGUGGCCUGCAGAGGGCAAGGCAUCUUUAGAAAAUUGGGAACUGUUAGACGUUAAAGUUUGCAGAUGACUGCUAUUGUUCAUCAGCUCCAGGACAGUGAGACGAGC